AUGACGACUGUCGGUCGUCCCGCUCUCGGCUCGGAUUCGGAACGUAGCCGAGCCGAGCCAGUUACGGCAGCGGGCAGUUACGCGCCGUCCUCCGACGUGGGAGCACGUAUCGCGCCCUUGCGUUUCGUCGAGACUUUUACGCGCUCGUCACAACCGCGACGUCGAGUUAUGUGCGCGAACGCACGCUGCGAUAACACUAAUCGCGCUAGGAUUCCG